AUAUAAUCUUGUAAUAGAACUAACUACAGGUGGAAAAAUGCCUUCGACUGAUACUGAUCAGUCAUCACAGUCUACCUCAAAUGGGAAUGGACAAACUGUGCUUAAUUAUGAAGAAACACUUAUGUAUGGAAAAUAUAAAAAUACACUCGGAGCCUUUGCUAAAGAAGCUGCAUUGAAACUUCGGGCCCAGAGCCUUUUAGUAAAACAGGAAAAAACACCAUUACAUGAACCAACAAGCCCAACUAAAACAACGAAAUGUAAAGCAGCUUAUCUGCGCUUCAAAGAGUGGUUUUUAUAUCAUCUCGGUGGGGAUUAUAUUUUUUUGCUUUUUCUCGGAAUAUCUAUGGCACUUCUAAGUUUUGCUAUGGAUUAUUCUAUACAUGCGUGCCAAAAAGCUCAUUAUUAUCUUUAUCGGGAACUGAAAGGAUAUGUGUUUCUACAAUAUCUAACGUGGGUUGGAUUUCCAUUAAUUUUUAUCACAUUUUCUGUUGGAUUCGUUCAUAUUGUUUCACCUCAAGCAGUUGGAUCAGGUAUACCUGAAAUGAAAACUAUAAUGCGUGGGGUGGUUUUGAAAGAGUAUCUUACUCUCAGAGUACUCGUGGCAAAAAUGGUUGGCCUUGUUGCAUCACUUGGAAGCAGAUUGCCAAUUGGAAAAGAAGGUCCAUUUGUUCAUAUUGCCAGCAUUGUUGCUACUCUUCUUAAUGACAUUUUUGCAAUGUGCAAAGCUCGAUCAAAAACAGCUGGAUAUCGAAAUGAAAUGUUAGCAGCUGCUUGUGCAGUUGGUGUCGCAUGCAACUUUGCAGCUCCGAUUGGUGGUGUCCUUUUCAGCAUAGAAGUAACUGCAACAUAUUUUGCUGUAAGAGAUUAUUGGAGAGGUUUUUUCGGUGCCGUUUGUGGCGCUUUCAUGUUUCGCUUACUGGCGGUAUGGCAUAAUGAAGAAGAGACAAUUACUGCAUUGUUUAAGACCAAUUUCAGACUUCAGUUUCCUUAUGAUCUCCAGGAGUUUAUCGGUUUCACAGCGAUAGGAAUCAUUUGUGGAUUUGCUGGUGCUCUUUUUGUCUACAUUCACCGACUUAUUGUGAACUUUCAUCGAGAUCAUGACUUUAUUAAAAGCUGUUUAUCCCGUAGUCGUUUCAUAUAUCCAGCAUUGGUUUCGAUUAUUAUUAGUUCCAUUACCUUUCCUGGGGGUUUGGGACAGUUUAUGGCUGGAGAACUCACUUUGAAAGAAGCAGUUGAUACUUUAUUUGACAAUAAAACUUGGAAUAAACUCGGUUAUAUAGACGAGUCUGACGUUCUUACUGAUAUACAAGAAGGAUGGCAGCAUCCUACAGUCAACAUAUAUAUUACUUUGAUGAUUUUUAUUGUACUACAUUUUGCCAUGACAGCAUUUGCAAUAACUCUCCCUGUGCCUGCUGGUGUGUUCAUGCCAGUAUUUGUCAUUGGUGCAGCGUUUGGUCGAUUGGUUGGAGAAACUAUGUCUGCAUUGUAUCCUCAAGGAUUUGUCGGCAUGGGCGGCCAGGUUUUUCGCAUUGUACCAGGAGGGUAUGCUGUAGUUGGAGCUGCCAGUCUUUCUGGGGCCGUGACUCACACUGUAUCUACAGCUGUUAUUGUGUUUGAGUUGACUGGCCAAAUAUCACAUAUUUUGCCUGUUAUGAUUGCGGUAAUAAUUUCAAAUCUGAUUGCCCAACGACUGCAACUUUCUAUUUACGAUAGUAUAAUUGAAAUAAAAGAGUUGCCUUAUCUUCCAGACAUUAUAAGAGGGAAACGAAAGCUUAAGAAAAUUCUUGUAGAGGAUUUUAUGCUCAGAAAUGUGAAAUUCCUAACAUUGACAUCGACCUACAGAGAUGUAAAGUCGACUCUUGCUUUAUGUUCUGCAAAAAGUUUACCUAUUGUUAAAUCUGCAGAUGAUAUGGUUUUGAUCGGAUCAAUUCCUAGACAUUCGUUGCAACUUGCGCUUACAGAAAGAAUGACUGAUUGGCCUACAUCGUCAUCUCAUUCACCAACAAAAAGUGCAAUUAAAGAAGAGACUAAUGUUGCUUUGAAGGAGGUCCUAACUGAUGCAGGUAGCAGUAGUGGAAAAAAUGGUGCAAUUACAAUGCAUUCCGCGGAAGCAGAUCUAAAAGAUGUUUCACCUGUGGUUGUUCUAGAAAAGCCGGGAACUUCAGGAUCUAAAAUAUUAGAAAAUGAAAUUCUUGAUUCAAUUGUUGAUUUUCAGGAAUGCAAACUUGAUCCUGCACCAUUUCAAAUUGUUGAAAAAACAUCGAUUCAUAUGGUUCAUUCUAUGUUUUCAUUACUUGGUGUCACUCGGGCUUAUGUAACCAGCAUUGGCAGGUUAGUGGGACUUGUUACAAUUAAUGAACUUCGAACUGCGAUCGAAGCAGUGUCUUCCAAACGAAAGAAAAAACAAAAAGAGAAGAAAAAGGUUAUACACAAAGCAAAAUAUGGCACAAGAUCAGAACAAUUAACUUUUUUUGCACUUCAGCAAGAAGAUUCAGAAGAAACUGAACACGAUGAUUAUUAAGACAUAAUUUAAAAUAAUAUUCUAUAUUUUCUAUUUACUACAAUUUCUAUGCCAAAAGAUCAACAUGACAGCUUCCCAGCUUGUGCUAGCCAAAUAAGGUUUUUAUUUGCACAUGCUGAGGCUGGAAUGUAGAAUCACUCAGCAGUAUGGGCAUUUAUUAUUAUAAUGUUCGUUCUUUCCAAAUUUAGUAAAUCAAAUUCUUUGGACAACUACCCUACGUGACCUUUAAAAUUUUUUAUAUGCUUGUUUCCCCUUACUUGAAUAUGAAUUACUUAGGUUCAUAAUUAUUUCACAAUAGUGCCGUAGAUAAUUUUAUUCAUUAUCAUGCUAUCACAGUUCCAUCCAUCUAGUUAGUCGCUCCGUUCAAAAAAUCCCAUACCAUCUUAGACAUUGAUGUUCGCUGUCAUGUUCAUGCCAUGUUAGAUUCAACACACUUUAGCUAUGCUGUUUAUUUUCUUUAUUUAUUUUGAUUUUGCAGUGUCCAGUUUUUCUUCUUUAAUAUAAAAGCAUUUGAAUCAGAGUUUUUAUUUGUUCUAGUGUAUAAAAUACUAACUCUUCCUUUUGCAUGGAUCAUGCUGUCAAUACCAGUGAAAUAUGGAUCAUAUUGAUUUUGAUUUCAUUGGUAUAUAUAUUUUGAUAUUAUCAAGGGAGAGAUAUGAAUAAGGGUGGCAGGGUGCCAAUUUUAGAUUCUCAGAUUGGAAGAAUAUUGAAAUAGAUUAGAUGAAAUGAAUUUCCCCCAAACUCUACUUUAUUUCUUCAACAUUCAUUUGGUAUACAACUUACAACAAAGAAGAUUUAUAUCUUAAUUUUAGUUCCAUCCUUAAUUUCUUUUGAAUAUCGUUCAUUUGAUUAGAAUAUCAUAUUUUAUGUUUAUAAAACUGGCCUCAGAUCGUGGCUUGGCUACUUAAAUUCCACCAAAAAGUACUAAAGAUGUUUAUCAUCUGAAUUCAUAAAAUACAAUAUUUUAAAUUUAAUAGGCAAAUUUUCUGUUCAUGCUAUAAAAAUGUUAAAUUUUUUUUUAUUAUUUCUGUCGCGUCUCCGUUGGUUUCAAUAUAACUCAACUUAUUGAUAAUGAGCCACGAUGAAAACAUUGAUUCUUUGAUUGAUUAUUACAGUUCUUUGAUCAUUAAGAGUUUGAAAGGCUGACAUUUUAAAUGUCAUAAUCCACUACUUGUCCUCAAACACAAAGUAAUUAAGGUCAAUAUAGGAGUUUAAAUCAAUUGAAGGAAAACAUUAUUCUUUUUAUGUGCUCUAUUUUCGAACAAUAAUUAAGCAUGAUUGCUUUUAUAAAUCCUAUUACUCUAAGUUUGUUAGAAGUCGUUCCAAUUUGUUCUACAUCUCUGAUCCAUCCUACAAAAAAAUCAUGAUAUUUUGAUUUUUAAAGUUAUAAUCUUGUUGAGAUCAAUUUAAUCUGGUUACCUGAGUUUAUAAAGCUCUCACCAACACACUUUUUCAAUAGGAUUAAUGCUAGACAGAUGUAUUGAUUUGUCUAAGUAACUGGUUCAAAUUGAAAUUAGGCCAAUAUCAAAUGUAUUCCCAAUAUUAAAUUAUUAAAAGAAAUAUUGUAUUUUGAAUUGACAAUGGAAUGUGGGAGUAAAUUUGAAAUAUUAAAAUGAAUAUUUUUUCCUGUUGCAUUGUAACUUGUACGCCAUCAUGCUUCAAAACUCUGAUUUAUGCUUAGAUACUUUGAAUCCAAUAAUUGUGAUGUAUGUUAUGGUGGAGAAAUGUAUUUCAAUGCUUACUAAUUGGCUUUUAAAAUUAUAACAUCACCACAUAAUCGUUAGAAUUCUGAAAACAUGGAUUUUCACAUUUUUUAUAAUAAAUUUAUCAUUUUAAAUUUUGAUGGUGACAUUCCUAUUCGAUUAUACUUCUUUUAGUUUUAUUCCUGUUGUUUUUAGUUUCAUUUUCGAAAAAGGAACAAUGAGAUUCACUUUUUUUUAAUCUGCUUCGUCUUGGUUUCUGGUGUCAUUUCUUCAGCCCCACUGCUUCAAGCCAAUUAGUUAUGCAGGGUUCUUCCUAAUUACUGGAAAGAAGGUGCAUUGUGUAAACUGUGAAGGGAAAAUAUAAAUUGGAGUUAUUAGAACAUUUUUGAACUCAUGUGCUUUCCCUUUUACCCCCAACUACUUUUUUGAGUGGGCUGUCUUUCACUUUUUCAGUAAUUAUCAAAACCCUUAGGAAGUUAGCAUUUUUGCAUACAGAUUCUAUGUGUUUGUCACAAAGAAGUAUUAUGACACCCGUUUGAAAUACUAUCCUUGUAACAUAAAUUAGUUACUGCAUCUGCAUGUUGCUAUGUUUCAUGGUAUUUCUUUGUUGAAUGAUCAAUGAUAUGGUAAUUACUAGGAGUUGAAUAUUAUUGUAUUUAAAAUAUUGAAUUUCAUUUAUAUUGUUCCUAUUGUAUGCAAUUAAAUGCUUUUUCAAUUGAAAAAAACUCUUUGAAUUGAAUGUAUAGAACACUGUCAAAUUGUAUUUUUUAUUAAUACAGUAUUCUAAUGGCAGGGAUUUCAAAAUGGACAUUUGUAAAGACUAUAUUAUUUUACAUUGACUCGUGUAUAUCCUACUACUGUGAUUUUCACUCAUUACCCCUUGAACCUUACUUUUGUGUGUUCAGACAGUUGCAAUUGUUAAUUUUAUUAAUAAACGUUCUGAAAACUUGCUAUUGUUAGUAUCAUGUAUGUAAAAUAGUAUCAUGUGUUGGUGGCUGCAGUAAUACUGAUAUGGUUUUCCUUCAUCCAAGCAUUACAGUCCUCAUUGGCAGUGAACAGUUAUAUAUAAAACCAAGAUAUUUUAUCGUAUCAAGCUUGAUAUUCUCAAGUUUUCAACAAUUGAUUUUGAUAAUUCCAAAUGAAUAUUGCCAAAUUAUAUUUUAGCUCCUUACAUAGGGUUAGAUACCAGUGGUCUCUAGAACAUAGCCUAUUUCAGAGCGAGAAGUAUCAAAAGGGAUUUAUAAAAAAAAUAGGUUCUCAAAAUAAAAAAAUAAAAAAAACUUGACACUGAAUUUUGACUAAAUGUUUUAACUUCAACAACAAAAGCUUUCAUACAUUUCUCUACAAAUAGAGGUAAUUUUAAGUUCUUCAAUAUCGCAAAAUUAACUUCCAAUAUUUUCAAUAGUGUUUGAGCUAUAUUUAUUAGUUCAAACUUAUGUCACGGUACUUCACACCUUGAAUUAUAAUUUGUCAAAAGUGUAACAUUUAUGUGUUAAGAACUAAGGCAACCAUUUAAACUACUAUGUAGUAUGUUGCAAUUGUACUGUUCUUUUAAAAUAUAUACUUGCUUUAUCUAAUAAUGUGCCAUAUUUUAUUACGGACUUAUAAAACUGUUUUCAAAACAUUUGAACAGUUUGAUGUAGUUCAUUCAUGUCAUAUUUUACUAGCAACUUCUUCAAUCUCUCUUCUUGUUGCAUAUUUUCCUACAGAAAUUAUUAUUUUUGUUACUACAUUAUUGUAUAUUUGCUUCAUCUUAUUAUUAUUGACAUACAUUGGUGAUGCGAUGCGUUUAAUGAUCUCCUGCUUUUUAUGAAGUUAGUCAUGUGCACAAUUAAUUUCAAAAAUAACUUGUGUUCAUGUGCCUCAUUUGAAACUACCACAUACCAGCUACCACCCAUGUUUGACAAAAAUAAAUUUAUAUGAAAGUAUGUAUUACAAAUCCUUGAUUUACUCUUAUUAUGGGUCCCAUGGAGCCGUCUUGUAGAAAGGAUCUUUGAUUUAUUAAUUCUGAAGUUUAUCGAUAUUAUAGGCUAACAAAAUGUUGAGUUCAAAUUUUCAUUUUUGUGAUGAAACAGCAUUUUAAAAAAAACAAUUUGAUUGUUUAGAGCUUUUCUUAUAACUCCCUUCAUAAUAGAAAUUAUUGUGAAUAUCAAAAAUCUCAUUUCAUUUAUUUUUAAAGUGAGCAAAACAUUCCUGUGCAAUAUUAUUAAUGACACCAAUGUACAUAAAAUUUAUUGACAUCGAAUUUGAAUAUGAUAAUACUAUAUAUGUAUAUAUAUGUUAUGUACCGGCAAAUUAUAUUUUAUGGUUGCAGGAUCAGUCUAUUCAUAUGAUCAUUGUUAUAAUAUACAUUAUUUGAAUGGACUUAUUUUAUACUCGAAAUAUCAUGUAUACUCUAAACGUCUAGAGAGAUUUUCCAAAUUGUAUGUGUGUCUUUAUAAUUAAUAUUUGAAUUUAUAUAAAUUUUGAACAAAGAUGUUUCAUGUGUCAUGUUUUAGAAUUUUAUCAGGCACCUAAUUCUGUUUCAAGUUAUCUAAUAAAUGGGGAGAUGUGGAAAAGUCACAGUUAUAGUUCAUGAAAUUUGGCAUAAUCAUGAUUAUUUUGCCAAAAUUGCAAAAGUAAAAAUAGUGAUUCUGGUCAUUUGAUAAGGGGAGAUAUACUUCAAAAGUCACAUUUUAUUUGACAUUACAAAUUAUUAUAUAUUAUUAUAUCAUAGUUUUAUAUGAUGAAAUUAAGUACUGGUAUAUCAAACUUUGAAAUGCCAGUGUAUCCUAGUGUCUGACCAGCCUAGCAUGAUUUCUGUUAAUUUAUUGUCAUAGUCCUGAGUUGGGUUACAUGUAGUCAGAUACAAAAAAUAGAAGCUUCAACCAACAGGAGGCGAGCCAAAUGACAGUGCCUAUGAAAUUCAUAGUUUAAUAUCCUGUUAUGUCUAUUAUGUGACAAAAUUUUCAAAUAAUUUGUGUAUAUGCAAAAUUUAAAUGAUGUUAAAUAUUACACAAUUUGAAAAUCCUGAAAAACAUAUUAUUGAUUGUUUUUUGCUUGAUACACUAAUAUUAUCCAUUUGACUGAUAUAUACUACACUAUUUUUCAUCUACCUGUACUUUAUAGUUCUUUUCACGUGAUAUUUUUUGAAUUUUCAUGCAGA